GCAGCGGCAGCAGCGGCGCGUCCUCCAGCGGCGGCGGCGGCGGCGGGGCUCGCAGCGCCCGGACUUGGCAGCGGCAGUGCUGGGCUGAACAAGGGCUGCUGGGCCGCGGCCUCCUUGCCUUGACCCCCACCUCAGCGGCCUCCCGUCCCGGCCCACCGGCAGAGGUCUGAGCAGGAGGAAGAGGAGGAGGCCUGGUGACAUCAGACUAAUGCUGCAAGGGGUGUGAGGAGAGGAGCUGCUGUCAGUCACUGAGCCGCCAGACCCGGAAAGGAGAAUGGAGCUGGAGUGAGGUGGCCGGGCCACGAGCUGCUGACCGGCACGUGGGACACUGGUGACUGGUGGAUCACUGAGGCUGGACGACGUUCAUGGCUCUCGGGUAGAACCCAGCGAAACGGCCAGAAUGAACUCUAUGGACAGGCACAUCCAGCAGACCAACGACCGACUGCAGUGCAUCAAGCAGCACCUGCAGAAUCCUGCCAACUUCCACAAUGCCGCCACAGAGCUGCUGGACUGGUGCGGGGACCCACGGGCCUUCCAGCGGCCCUUCGAGCAGAGCCUCAUGGGCUGCCUGACGGUGGUCAGCCGCGUGGCCGCCCAGCAAGGGUUCGACCUGGACCUCGGCUACAGAUUGCUGGCUGUGUGUGCUGCCAACCGGGACAAGUUCACUCCCAAGUCUGCUGCCCUGCUGUCCUCCUGGUGUGAGGAGCUCGGCCGCCUGCUCCUGCUCCGACAUCAGAAGAGCCGCCAGAGCGACCCCCCCGGGAAACUCCCCAUGCAGCCCCCCCUCAACUCCAUGAGCUCCAUGAAACCCACUCUGUCGCACAGUGAUGGCUCCUUCCCCUAUGACUCUGUCCCUUGGCAACAAAGCACCAACCAGCCUCCCGGCUCCCUCUCCGUGGUCACCACCGUUUGGGGAGUGACCAACACGUCCCAGAGCCAGGUCCUUGGGAACCCCAUGGCCAAUGCCAACAACCCCAUGAAUCCAGGCGGCAACCCCAUGGCGUCGGGCAUGACCACCAGCAACCCCGGCCUCAACUCCCCUCAGUUCGCUGGGCAGCAGCAGCAGUUCUCGGCCAAGGCCGGCCCCGCGCAGCCCUACAUCCAACAGGGCAUGUACGGCCGGCCCAACUACCCCGGCAGCGGGGGCUUCGGGGCCAGUUACCCUGGGGGUCCUAGCGCCCCCGCAGGCAUGGGCAUCCCUCCGCACACCAGGCCGCCUGCUGACUUCACUCAGCCGGCGGCAGCCGCCGCAGCAGCUGCAGUGGCAGCGGCGGCGGCCACGGCCACGGCCACGGCCACAGCCACUGUGGCAGCCUUGCAAGAGACGCAGAACAAGGACAUGAACCAGUACGGACCGGUCUGUUCCUCUUUCCAGAUGGGUCCCACCCAGGCGUAUAACAGCCAAUUCAUGAACCAGCCCGGGCCGAGGGGGCCUGCCUCCAUGGGGGGCAGCAUGAACCCUGCCAGCAUGGCGGCUGGCAUGACGCCCUCGGGGAUGAGCGGCCCUCCCAUGGGCAUGAACCAGCCCCGGCCGCCCGGCAUCAGCCCCUUUGGUACACACGGGCAGCGGAUGCCCCAGCAGACCUACCCGGGCCCCCGGCCCCAGUCCCUUCCCAUUCAGAGCAUUAAGAGGCCAUACCCGGGAGAGCCCAACUAUGGAAACCAGCAAUACGGACCAAACAGCCAGUUCCCCACCCAGCCAGGCCAGUACCCCACCCCCAACCCUCCGAGGCCGCUCACCUCCCCCAACUACCCCGGGCAAAGGAUGCCGAGCCAGCCCAGUGCCGGGCAGUACCCGCCCCCCACGGUCAACAUGGGGCAGUAUUACAAGCCAGAACAGUUUAAUGGACAAAAUAACACCUUCUCGGGAAGCAGUUACAGCAGCUACAGCCAAGGGAAUGUCAACAGGCCUCCCAGGCCAGUUCCUGUGGCAAAUUACCCCCACUCGCCUGUCCCAGGGAACCCCACACCCCCCAUGACCCCCGGGAGCAGCAUCCCCCCCUACCUGUCCCCCAGCCAAGACGUCAAACCUCCCUUCCCGCCUGACAUCAAGCCAAAUAUGAGUGCCCUGCCGCCGCCCCCAGCCAACCACAACGACGAGCUACGGCUCACCUUCCCCGUGCGGGACGGCGUGGUGCUGGAGCCCUUCCGCCUGGAGCACAACCUAGCUGUCAGCAACCACGUGUUCCACCUGCGGCCCACGGUCCACCAGACGCUGAUGUGGAGGUCCGACCUGGAGCUGCAGUUCAAGUGCUACCACCACGAGGACCGGCAGAUGAACACCAACUGGCCGGCCUCGGUACAGGUCAGCGUCAACGCCACGCCCCUCACCAUCGAGCGCGGCGACAACAAGACCUCGCACAAGCCCCUGCACCUGAAGCACGUGUGCCAGCCGGGCCGCAACACCAUCCAGAUCACCGUCACCGCCUGCUGCUGCUCCCACCUUUUCGUGCUGCAGCUGGUGCACCGGCCCUCCGUCCGCUCUGUGCUGCAAGGUCUCCUUAAGAAGCGCCUCCUGCCCGCGGAGCACUGCAUCACGAAGAUCAAGCGCAAUUUCAGCAGCGUGGCUGCCUCGUCAGGCAGCACGACCCUCAACGGGGAGGACGGCGUGGAGCAGACGGCCAUCAAGGUGUCUCUGAAGUGCCCCAUCACAUUCCGCCGCAUCCAGCUGCCUGCCCGGGGCCACGACUGCAAGCACGUGCAGUGCUUUGACCUGGAGUCGUACCUGCAGCUGAAUUGUGAGAGAGGGACCUGGAGGUGUCCUGUGUGCAAUAAAACCGCUCUCCUCGAGGGCCUUGAGGUGGAUCAGUACAUGUGGGGGAUCCUGAAUGCCAUCCAACACUCCGAGUUUGAAGAAGUCACCAUCGACCCCACGUGCAGCUGGCGGCCGGUGCCCAUCAAGUCAGACCUGCACAUUAAGGACGACCCCGAUGGCAUCCCCUCCAAACGCUUCAAGACCAUGAGUCCCAGCCAGAUGACGAUGCCCAACGUCAUGGAGAUGAUCGCAGCCCUGGGCCCCGGCCCGUCCCCCUACCCGCUCCCUCCUCCCCCUGGGGGCACCAACUCCAAUGACUACAGCAGCCAAGGCAACAACUACCAGGGCCAUGGCAACUUUGACUUCCCCCACGGGAACCCCGGCGGGACGUCCAUGAACGACUUCAUGCACGGGCCCCCCCAGCUCUCCCACCCCCCGGACAUGCCCAACAACAUGGCCGCCCUCGAGAAACCCCUCAGUCACCCCAUGCAGGAAACUAUGCCACACACUGGCAGCUCUGACCAGCCCCACCCCUCCAUACAACAAGGUUUGCACGUUCCACACCCCAGCAGCCAGUCAGGGCCUCCAUUACAUCACAGUGGGGCUCCUCCUCCUCCUCCUUCCUCCCAGCCUCCCCGGCAGCCGCCACAGGCCGCUCCCAGCAGCCAUCCACACAGCGACCUGACCUUUAACCCCUCCUCAGCCUUAGAGGGUCAGGCCGGAGCGCAGGGAGCGUCCGACAUGCCGGAGCCUUCACUGGAUCUCCUUCCAGAACUCACGAACCCCGACGAGCUCCUCUCCUACUUGGACCCCCCUGACCUGCCAAGCAAUAGUAACGAUGACCUCCUGUCUCUCUUUGAGAACAACUGAGGGCCCCCCCUCUGUCGGGGCCCGCCCUCCCCACUCAGCCUCCUUACCCUGUCUGUCCCACACACUUUCCCUCCCCAAGAGCCCUCCCCUGCUGCAGCCUCAGCGUGGAGGAGGCGAGGAGGGCACCCCGGGGAGGCCGUGUGGAUCUGCAGCCCACGUCCUGCCUGUCCGCUUGGGCUUGGGCCCACGCUCCGAGCAGGCCCCGAAGACGACCCCCUGAGGGGGACCCGGCCCAGUGAGUGGUGCACCUGACUACGGCGGCGGCGGCAGCGGCUUCAGGUGCACCUGCCAGUGCUCCCAAGGUUCUUCCAUUUUCUAGACUGUAGCCCUGCCUCCCUGCUUCCUGGCCCAGAGCCUCCUUCGAGUGACUACAGAGCCUGAGAGAAGGCCUCCCCAAAAUCCAGGGGGGGGCCCAGACCUUGGAGGAGCAAUGACAGCUCGUGGCAGUGAGAUCGGUCUGCCCACCACCACCACCACCACCGAAAAGCACAAACCUCUGGGAAAGAGAACAUCUCUCGGGGGCCAAGGGUCAUCCGGUUGACCCCUGACCUCUAAGCCAAGCCACCCUGUCAGCACUCUCAGACAAUGGAGAAAGACACGAUUCUGUGUUUGAGAGAGGGUCUGCCCCUCUUGCUUGGGCACUGGUGCAAAAGGGGCCCGGGGCCUCCCCGCAGCCAGGACAGUGCAUGGGGGGGCCUGUGACCUUUGGACUCAGACCAGGGCCAGGCCUUGGAGGGCAGAGAGUACGUGUGCAUGCACCCAGCAGACAGUGCGUCCUCUGCUGUGGCCCAGGGCACCCACCGCCACUGGAGUCAAACUUGGAGCUUUGCUCCAAGCCACUCCCCGUUUGCAAGUGGCAACAAUGGUGUUGGACUUGGACAGAAAGCAAAUCAUUUCUCUCCGUGUGUUCUGUUUCCGGUCCCCACCCACCUCCCCCGAGACUGUGCCACGGGACAACAUGCUUCCCUCUGUGUCCUGGUUGUCCCCAUCCAGCCCAACAGCAUGGGGGGAUGGUGGCAAGGCAGGGAGGCACAUGUGCAGGCUUGGUAGCCAGGGACCCGGUUUGGAUGUCUCUCCGGCCUCCGGACAGUCUCUCUCCUGCACCUGGGGCUGCAGCCCUACUGUCACCUUGUAUGCGGGAUAUCCCUGCGGGCAUCCCGUGGUGUUCUGUGGCAGCUUUGGACACUGCCCUGGGUUGCCAAGCCUCGUCUCCCCUCCGUGUCCACCCUGACCAAAAGCCCAGCCCGCACUCCUGCUCGCCGCAGCGGGAGCAGCCUCCAAUCUGCCCUUCGCUGCACGGCUCUGUCUGGCUUUGCACUCCCUGGGGAGCGUGUCCCCGCAUCCAGUUGGUUCCAGGCUCAUCGGUGCCCCCCGAGCCGCGUGGCCUCUGGUGAUGCCGGGUUGUCCGGUCACUUGGGUCGUGUCUAUAAGUUCUCUGCGCCCUUUCCUGCUGCUGCCUGGGGUCUUCCCCUGGCCUCCCGUCCAGUGCCAGUGUCCCCGGCCACUGUCUAUCGCCCCGUCUCCUUCUGUGUGGUGGGUGGUCGCCAGCACUCUGUGGAUUGUACCGGAAAGGUGGCCCCGGCUGUGGACUUCCGUCACCGCACACGGCACGAGGGUCUCUGCAGGAGCUGUUGUCCCCGCCACCACCACCCUCUCCCCGGGCCUUUUUUUUUCCCUUGUCCUGUCGUCCAGGUUUUUCCAAAUAGCAUUCAGUAUGCAAAUCAAUUAUUUUAAGAAACGCUUUUGUAAAUAUCUUUGUGAAUAUUUUAGUAUCGUCUUUGAUAAUAUUCAACAUUUUCAUGACCUGGUUAUAGCCUUUGCUGGUGUUUUUAAAAUACCCUGACUCAAUGACAAAAAUGGAGUCCUCUUUUUUUCUUUUUUCUUCUUUUUUUUCUUUUUCUUUUUU